UGUGCCUCAACAUGCAGCCUGUUUUAAGAAGCAUCUGGUCAUGUCAGUUCAACCUCAGAAGGAGGAAACACCCCUCUGUGUAAAAGAAAUGAAAUCAAGCAGAAGAUUGAGCUGCUGAUGUCAGUUAACUCUGAGAAGUCGUCCUCUUCAGAAAGGCCAGAGCCUCAGCAAAAAGUUCCCUCUGCACCACCACCACCUCCUCCACCUCCUCCUCCACCUUUGCCAGAACCAACACCACCAGAGCCAGAGGAAGAAAUUCUGGGAUCUGAUGAUGAAGAGCAAGAAGAUCCUGCAGAUUAUUGCAAAGGUGGCUAUCAUCCAGUGAAAAUUGGAGAUCUUUUCAAUGGGCGAUAUCACGUUAUCAGAAAAUUAGGAUGGGGACACUUCUCUACCGUCUGGCUAUGCUGGGACAUGCAGGGAAAACGGUUUGUUGCAAUGAAAGUUGUGAAAAGUGCUCAACAUUAUACGGAGACAGCCUUGGAUGAAAUAAAGUUGCUUAAAUGUGUUCGUGAAAGUGAUCCUAAUGAUCCAAAUAAAGAUAUGGUUGUACAGUUAAUUGAUGACUUUAAAAUUUCUGGCAUGAAUGGCAUACAUGUCUGUAUGGUUUUUGAAGUACUUGGACAUCACCUUUUAAAAUGGAUAAUUAAGUCCAGCUAUCAGGGCCUUCCAAUUCAUUGUGUAAAAAGUAUAAUACGACAGGUAUUGCAGGGUUUAGAUUACCUCCACAGCAAAUGUAAGAUCAUUCAUACGGAUAUCAAACCAGAAAACAUCUUGAUGUGUGUAGAUGACACCUAUGUGCGGAGAAUGGCAGCAGAAGCUACAGAGUGGCAGAAAGCUGGUGCUCCUCCUCCCUCUGGUUCAGCAGUGAGUACUGCCCCGCAACAAAAACCCAUUGGAAAAAUAUCUAAAAAUAAAAAGAAGAAACUUAAAAAAAAACAAAAGAGGCAGGCUGAGCUACUAGAAAAGCGUUUGCAGGAAAUAGAAGAACUUGAACGGGAAGCUGAAAGGAAAAAAAUAGAAGAAAAUGUAACAUCUACUAUACCAUCCAAUGAACAAGAGGAUGAAUACCAUCCAGAAGUUAAACUAAAAACUGUAGAGUUAGAGGAAGUGGCAGAUGAAGAACCUGGGAAUGAAGAUGGAGAAACGGAAGACCAAGAUGAAAAAGAAGACACAGAGAAAGAAAACACAGAGAAAGAUGAUGACAUUGAACAAGAACUUCCCAAUUCAGAAUCUGCAGAUCCCAGUUGGAUAGAAUCCCCCAAAACAAAUGGCCACAUUAUAGAUGGCCCUUUCUUACUAGAAGACCAGAUUGAAGAGGAAGAGGAAGAAGAGGAAGAAUGCCCAAAUGCUGAGCAAUAUAAUCUUGAUGAGCCAAAUGCAAAAAGUGAUUACAGUUAUAGUAGCUCUUAUGAACAAUUUAAUGGCGAAUUGCCAAAUGGACGUCAUAACAUUCCAGAAUCACAGUUUUCUGAAUUUUCAGCUUCUGUAUUCCCUGGAGCUUUAGAUUCUGUAGCUUGUGGUUCAGCUGUUUCUGAAGAGUCAACUGUAACUGAAAGAGAAGGAAGUAGUCCAUCCCAUGAUAGGAGCAGGACGGUUUCAGCAUCCAGUACUGGAGACUUGCCAAAAACAAAAACUCGGGCUGCUGACUUGCUGGUGAAUCCCUUGGAUCCAAGAAAUGCGGAUAAAAUUAGAGUAAAAAUUGCUGAUCUGGGAAAUGCUUGUUGGGUGCAUAAACAUUUUACGGAAGAUAUCCAGACUCGACAGUAUAGAUCAAUUGAAGUUUUAAUAGGAGCAGGUUACAGUUCACCUGCUGAUAUCUGGAGUACGGCAUGUAUGGCUUUUGAGCUGGCAACUGGAGAUUAUCUCUUUGAGCCACAUUCUGGUGAAGACUAUUCCAGAGAUGAGGACCACAUAGCACACAUCAUAGAGCUACUAGGCAAUAUCCCAAGGCACUUUGCUCUAUCUGGAAAAUAUUCUCGGGAAUUCUUCAAUCGCAGAGAUCACAUAGCAUUGAUCAUUGAACUGCUGGGAAAAAUCCCUCGAAAAUACGCUAUGUUGGGAAAAUAUUCCAAGGAGUUUUUCACCAAAAAAGGAGAACUUCGACACAUUACCAAACUGAAACCAUGGAGCCUAUUUGAUGUUCUAGUAGAGAAAUAUGGUUGGCCUCAGGAAGAUGCCGCAGAGUUUACCGAUUUCCUGAUUCCGAUGCUAGAAAUGGUUCCAGAAAAACGAGCCUCAGCUGGCGAAUGCCUUCGGCACCCUUGGUUGAAUUCUUAGCAGAGGCCUUGGAUCUCAUGUUGGGCCAGCACCCACUUUCCCAUGCAUCAAACUUAAAUGGUGACUGUCAUAAAUGCUCUUAACAGGAUCGUAAAUGAGCUGGCUUCAACCCCAGACCUUUAUUUUACUUUGAGGUACUGUUUGACAUUUUGCUUUUUCGUGCACUGUGUUCUUGGGAGGAGGAGGAGAGGAGGAGGAGGAGGAGGAGAAGAGGAGGAUUGUCUUUUUGUCUUCAGCUAGUAGUUCUACUGACUGUCUCCAAAAAAACACUUACUAUGUGUCUUUAAGCAUUGUUUCUUGUGUUGUGUGGAAUUCAGACAUCAACUUUUUGAACAAAAUCUCCUUUAUUCUCUCCCUUAUGUGUUUUGGCAGGUUUGUAACUAUUUAUGGAAAAUAUUUUAGCUGAAUAUUAUAUAAUUUACAAGUGUGAGACAUUAUCAAGUCAGAAUUUGGAAAUGUACAAUUCUAUCUUCAAGCAAAGGGACAUUGUUCUUGUAAAAUAGCGUAUGUAAAUGCACCCUGUAAAUGUUUAUUUCCAUUAAAAAUGGGAUGGGGCACAAAUUUCAGAGUAAAGCUACUAAACUGAAAGUGACUUUAGUGUACAAAUUGCAUGUAGUGGGUUUGCUUUGGGAGUUGCGUAAACUUCCUUUUCUGUAGUGCUGCUCAUAUUGGAUUUUGAAAGAAGGUGGCUCUUGAUUUCUAAGAUUUCAUUCUCCAGGAGGCACUUUAAAGGAAGACUAAAGUGUUCGAAGAGUAAAAAUAUAUUUUUGAGUGACUUUAAUAAGGUGUCAUUUGCUUUCCAGUUGUGAGGUGAUGGCGUAGCAAGGGAGAACUGCUUUUUCGUAAGAGUAGUUGCUAUGUUAGGCUUAAGAAUUUAAAGAAAACCUUGGAAGCAUUCUUGUGCAGAAUUGUUCACUGUCGAUGACAAAAAGGUAGCCCUCUUAAUGGAGAAAAAAAAGCAGAAAUGAUACAAACCUUACGUUAAAAUGAAAGAUCAUGCACCUUCCAUUCAUAGCUUUACAUGUUUCAGAAACAAAUUGCACUAGCUUAUUUUUUUCCCAUGAUUGACAUAUUGAGGAACUAAUCUUCCUUUGUAAGUUGCACACAAAAGUUAGGUGUUUUUGUAUUAAAAGAAUAAAAGCAAGUAGAUUCCAAAAGAGAACUCCUAGGCAAUACAGAUUUUAGAAUGUAAAAUAUGGAGGUGUCUUUUAGCCUCUUUUAAAAGUCAGUGGGAAUGAAUGUAAAUUUAUUUCUGGUUUUACACAUUAAUUAUGGUGCCACUUUGUCCAUUUUAAACUUAUUCACAUGCCUUUGCAAUACCUAGAUUGUGAAACGAUCCCCCAUGUUGUAACAAUAAUUGUUUGAGGUGCUUGCAGUUGUCUUAAUUAAAGUGGUUGGUUUUUUU